UAAAUACUCGAACGCCUACCGCGGUUAUCGCCGGUAGGAUUUGUAUAUUUUUUGUUAUGUCUGAUUCUCUAACUUAUAAGUUAGUAUUUUGAUAACUUCGGAGUUUCGGCGACGCUGAUUUUCAUAAUUAACGUCUGUCUGCUAGUGAAAUAAUUAAUUAUCCGUUCUAGUCAUGUCUAACUUUGGUGUUGCAUCCGACGAUGAUAAUUUUGAUGUGUACGAAGAUUUACGUCUUCAUGUUACAGCUGACAAAUUUUUCCUGGAGCCACAGACAUCCCAUACUGAAGUACUCAUUAUAGAUCGUGUGUCAAGAGAAAUAUCCCUCCGAGCUCACAAAGACCAAAUUCCUCCUGAUGCCUCCAGUAAACUGAUCUGUGGAAUCAUUGGUGUAAUUACCUUGCUUUCCGGACCAUAUCUUGUUCUAAUUACCAAGAAGUCUAAAGUUGGAGAAAUUAAUGGCCAAAGUAUAUGGAGGGUAGAGGAAACGGAAAUCCUGUCGUACUCUAGAACUUUCUUACAUCUUACAGAAGAACAGAUUCAACAUAACAAGGUUUAUCUGUCCAUGGUACGCUCUGCUCUCCAUACCCCACACUUCUAUUUUUCUACCACUUAUGACUUGACACAUACGCUACAAAGACUUCAUAAUACGAGUCCCGAUUUCCUACGGAUGCCUCUGUUGGAAAGAGCUGACCAAAGGUUUGUAUGGAACAACUGCUUAAUGAGAGAUUUAAUAUCACAACCAGAGCUUCAUCGUUAUUGGCUUCCAGUUGUUCAUGGUUUUAUCGCAAUUAAAACUAGCAUCAUCAAUCGAAAAACUUUCACGUGGUGUCUGAUUUCAAGGAGAAGCAUGUUACGUGCUGGCACCCGAUAUUUUGUGAGAGGCGUCGACUCUGAAGGUCAUGUUGCCAACUUUAUAGAGACUGAACAAAUUGUGGAAUGUGAUGGUUGCAUGACCUCUUUUGUACAAACUCGAGGUUCAAUUCCCUUAUUCUGGUCUCAGAUGCCGAACCUGAAACGGAAGCCUUCCCCUCAAGUCAUUAACAAUCAGAACCAUAUUGAUGGUUUCUCCAAACACUUCGAUAAUCAGAUAUUCAACUACGGAAAACAAGUCCUUAUCAAUCUGGUAGACCAGAAAGGUGCUGAAGGACAUCUGGAAAAAUGUUUUUCAGAAUUGGUUCGAGUUUCCAGAAGUUCUAACAUAAGGUAUGAAGCUUUUGACUUCCAUCAUGAGUGUAGGAGAAUGCGAUGGGACCGUUUGUCAAUUCUAAUCAACAAGUUGGCACCAGUGCAAGACGAUCUUGGGUUAGUCCACUUCCUGCUGCUUCAAGACAUUAACACCUAAUGAUUCAUUGUAGGAAGUUCAGAACAAUUAAAGAAUACUUAUUGUAUUACAUAGAUAUUUCAUUUUGUGGCUUCUUCAGGACGUUAACACCCUACUAAUCACAACAGAAGACGUAAAACGGUUAUCAGUUGUGUUGAGCCUGCUGAGAUCUUCUGAAGAAGAUACAAGGUGAAAUAUCUUACUGUAAAGAUG